GUAUAUAAACACAAUUGACAAAUGCUCAAAAUAUGGCGUCAUUGGUAGCAGAUUAUGGAACGUCAAGUGAUGAAGAUAAAUCUGAAGACGAAUCAUCUGAGUCAGAUGCUAAUGUAAAGUUGGAGGAUGAACAAGAAACAAAAAGUUUACAAUGUGAAAAAUUACCAGCACCUUCAUUUGGUACAAAUUCAACAUCCAUUUUUACAAAUCCAUUCAUAGAAGAAGAAAAUGCUAAACAAGCAAUUUUGGAGAAGCAUGUCAAAAUGGUAAACACCAGGGAAAAUGUUAAAACAAUAAAUGGGAAAAAGAUUUGUUGGAAUUAUCGAAAAGGUCGAUGUCGUUUUGGAACAAAAUGUACGUUUGCUCAUGAUUCUGACUUACAAAAAACAAACGAGGAUAUUCAUGAUGAGCAGCAAAACGUACAACAACAAAAUGUAUUGGUUAAAAAUCAAAUUGUUGCUCCAGAAAAUCCUAUACUCAAGACAGACAAUAAAGUCAAGAAAAAACGACCGGGCUUAACGCAAGGUUUAGUGCCUGGCAAGAAAGUUAUGAAAAUGUACAAACAGUCGGCAACGUCAACUCGUACCUCUAAAUAAAAUCAAAUAGUUUAUAGAUUUUUGUAAA